UCUCUCGUCUCUGCACAGUUCUCGCGAGAGGAGGAACGUCAUCAUGGCGGUGCUCCUUGAAACAACGUUGGGAGAUAUUGUUAUUGAUUUAUUUACAGAAGAAAGGCCUAAAACUUGCCUGAACUUUCUGAAGCUAUGCAAGAUAAAAUACUACAACUACUGCCUCAUUCACAAUGUCCAGAGAGACUUCAUCGUGCAGACUGGAGAUCCCACUGGCACCGGUCGUGGUGGAGAGUCUGUGUAUAGCAAACUGUACGGGGACCAGGCCCGUUUCUUCGAUGCAGAGAAAGCACCACGCAUCAAGCACAGGAAAAAGGGGACUGUGUCCAUGGUAAACAAUGGGAAUGAUCAGCAUGGUUCUCAGUUCCUCAUUACCACGGGGGAGAAUGUGGACUACCUGGAUGGAGUCCAUACUGUGUUUGGAGAAGUCACAGAAGGCAUGGAAGUGUUGGCCAAAAUCAAUGAAACCUUUGUUGACAAAGAUUAUGUCCCAUUUCAGGAUAUCAGGAUAAACCACACAGUUGUCCUGGAAGACCCAUUCGAUGACCCUCCUGACCUGCCAGUUCCCGAUCGAUCACCUGAACCAACCAAGGAGCAGCUUGAUAGUGGCAGAAUUGGAGCAGAUGAGUCGAUUGACGACACUGAUGGGAAAGGGGCUGAGGAGCUAGAGGAGAGGCUGAAGGAGAAGGAGGCUAAGACGCAGGCCAUCCUGCUGGAGAUGCUCGGGGACCUCCCGGAUGCAGAUGUAAAGCCUCCAGAGAACGUGCUGUUUGUGUGCAAACUGAACCCAGUGACCACUGAUGAGGACCUGGAAAUCAUCUUCUCCCGCUUUGGGACAAUACAAAGCUGUGAGAUCAUCAGAGACUGGAAAACAGGAGAUUCUCUUUGUUAUGCCUUUAUUGAGUUUGACAAGCAAGAGGAUUGUGAAAAGGCCUAUUUUAAAAUGGACAAUGUGCUCAUAGAUGACCGUCGCAUUCACGUGGACUUCAGCCAGUCUGUUGCAAAGAUUAAAUGGAAAGGGAAAGGCGGAAAGUAUACUAAGGAUGAUUUCAAAGCCUAUGAAAAGGACCUGGAGAACCGAUCUAAACUGGCUCUCAAGGAUCAAGUGAAGCCUAAACAGGAUUCCAAGUACAACCUGCUGAUCGAGGAGGAAGAGGAGGCAACAAGCCAUCAGUCAUCUGAGCGGAAGCACAAGGAGAAGAGGCACCACCACCACUCAGGCGAUGAGGACGGCAGGAAGUCCAAAAAGCACAAGGAAAGCGAGGAGAGUCGCAGGGACCGAAAAAAGGGGCGGCGGCGCUCUCGCUCGCGCUCGCACUCACGCUCGCGCUCCCACUCCAGGGACAGGGAGCACAAACACAGCAAGUCCCGCAGCAAGCACUGGAAGGAGGGACGCGAUAGAGGCCACAGCCACAAGGACCGCAGCCGCAGCCGCAGCCGCAGCCGCUCCCCGAAGAAGUCCAAGGACAAAGAGAGGAGCAGGUACAAAUGAGGAGGAGGGUCGGGCAAGGCUGGAUGUGUAGAAGCGAAUCGUGGAACCCAUGUCUGUGUUCAAACGCCCACGUCACAUCCAAAAAUGACUAAUGUUUUUUUUUAUAACUAUAUUAAAAAUUCCACCCAAUGUGA